AUGGCCUCGAGCCAGCCUCAGACGAACGGUGGUGCUCCUACAGCCUCAGCAAACAGCUCGCAAACUGUGCCUAACACCCAGACAACUCAGGCGACAGCGCCAGCAUCUACAUCUACGCAAUCCCAAGGGCAAUUGCCCCCGUCAUCCUCCAACGCAGCUCCCCGACCACGAGAUGCCAGGCUCAUCGAGCUGCUGCUCACGUCGCAAGGCGUCACAUCCUACGAGCAGCGCGUGCCCCUACUCCUUCUCGACUUUGCCUAUCGGCAUACCUCCUCCAUCCUCAAUGACGCGAUACACCUGUCCGCAGACCCCUACAUUCAGCAAGCGGGCUCAAAGGGCGCCGGCGCCUCCAGUGCAGCGAAUCUAGCAGCAGGCGACGCAGCCGUCACAGCCAAUGCCGUCAAGCUAGCCAUUGGCGCGCGUCUGAGCUACCAGUUCCGCGGCGGGAGCACAGGCGGCGGCAUCAGCAAGGAAUACAUGCAGGAGCUCGCGCGCGAGAAGAACAAGGUCGCCCUCCCCAAAAUCGUACCCAACGAGUGGGGCGUGCGCCUGCCCGGUGAGCGGUUCGUGCUCAGCGGGACGAGCUGGGGCCUGAAGGACGCGUGGGAGGAAGCCGAUCGCAUGCUCGACGAGGAAGGCGAUGACGCGAUGGAGGGCAUUGAGGCCCCGCCGCUCGAAGACGAGGGAGGUGAUCCCGUCGAAGGCGGGACAGUGGAGGACAUGUUUGGCGACGACGUGGACGCUGAAAUGGCGGAGGGUUCUUGA